AUGCAGUUCUUGUCAACCGUUCUCCCCGUCUUGGGCUUCGCGUCUACCGUGCUCGCUGCUCCUGGAUACGGCGCACCUGCACCUGCAUACGGCGCACCGGCACCCGCAUACGGCAAACCCGCACCCACAUACUGUGCUACCAAGUCGGUCACACUCACCAAGACCGCCACGAAGACCGCCACGAAGACCACCACUGCCACGGUUACCCAGACAGCCAAGGCUACACCUUCAUGCACCUCCAUCACUGCCAACUUCGAUGAUGUCUCCCUGGAGCUCCUCAACCUCGUCAGCGUGACCCAGCUUGGUCUCUACAAGGGAAUCGACUAUUCGUCUCUCAGCCUCGUUGGCCUCGGAGACCCACCUCUCCUCGGUCUGAGCGCACACUCCGGUUCCCAGGGCGCUGGCUUCGGGCCCGUCAACCUCCUCACCCAAGGCAAACCCUUCCUAUACGCCAACGGUGUUGACUACGUAGACCUGCAGAGUUUCUACUUCGGUUGCGUCUUGGCCGAUUCGACCAGCAUUGUCAGCGUUCCCACCUCUUGCAGCAUCACCGUUGCUGGUUUCCGCAACGGUGCACAGGUCGCUACUCAGGACUUCUCUUUCGCUCCGGAUUCCCUUCUGGCUUCGGAGAUGCACCUCGCUACGCUGUCUGCCGCCUUCACCAACCUUGACUAUGUCUCUGUGAUCAACCAGGGCAUCCUGUCUGUCCUUGAGCUUGUCGCAUUCGACGAUGUCUCGUACAAGCUUUGCACCUACCAGAACUGA